AUGAGCACGAGCAAGCAGCGGCUGGAGGAGGAGGGGGGAGUGACGUUGCCUGCUCGUCCUCACACGGUCAGCAAGGGAGGGGAAAGCGAAAGACAAGGACAAGCAGAUUCUGACAGCAGGACCGGCAGCAGCAGCACGCAGCAGCAGCAGCAGCAGAAGCAGAAGCAGCAGCAGCAGCAGCAGCAGCAGCAGCAGCAGCAGCAGCAGCAGCAGCAGCAGCAGCAGCAGCAGCAGCAGCAGCAGCAGCAGCAGCAGCAGCAGCAGCAGCAGCAGCAGCAGCAGCAGCAGCAGCAGCUGAUAGAUCGGCAGGUGCUCGGACUGGUUAUCGGCUGCUCUCCCUGUAGGAUACAUGACCCGCGCGUGUCUCCUCGGCUGCCUCGUCCUCUCUCGAGUCUCAGCCAGGAGGAGGUGGACGGAAGGAGAGCGACGAGAUUCAUCGUCGCGAUCCCUCAGGACAAGAGCGGCGCAAACACACAAAGCACAAGACCCUUGUUGCUGUGUGCUCUAUGCCUGACGGUUUUGCUUAUUCCUGCCCUGUCGGCCAUUCGUCGAGGAGGCAGAUUUAUUCCCCUCUCCAAGGGAGCUGAUAAACCUGGCCUCCGGCCCAUUGUCAUCGUGUCCGCACACCGUCGACUCGCGACGAAGCUUGCGUUGGCAGGGAUUCGCUCAUUUCUUGACCAGCACUUCCUCUCGUCUCACCCUCGAGCGAUUCAGUUCGGACUCGAUCAAGACGGCUGUUUGAAGUUCUCGCAAACCGCGUCAGCGCUCCUGCCUCUUCAUGCUCGCGGUGAUGAGGAGGACGUCGCGAACCCCACAGUGCUGGUGAGUUUGGAUGCAAAGAACGCCUUCAACUCCCUCGACCGCCAGGCUCUCUUCGACACAAUCGAGGAACGUGCGAGUCGCGACUACUUUGAUGGGCGCAUCAAUGAAGGCGCAAGCUUGCCCUCUUGCGAGCCUCUCCGUUUGUUCGCCUCCUACCUCUCCAGCUACUAUGGAGACUCUGCUGAGCUUUGCGGCGGCGGCGGACGUCUCGACUGA